CACUUAAGUAGAGUUGUAUCUCUCUAAUUGACAAACAGAAUCGUAGAAAAUCCCGAACAACACAGAUCGAAUAAAUUGGCCAAGUUUCAACUUUCUAAAACCAAAAAAAAAACACAUCGAAAAAAAAAUAAAUUCAAGAAUUUGUUACUUGGAAAAACCCAUAGUUGAAUUUGUGAACCUGGUGUGCAACAAUGGGGGAAGUACAAAAAUACAUUCAUCCACUUACAAUAGAGGCAAAACUUUUUGUGGACAAUAUGAACAAGAUAUGUGCCACACGCGACUAUUUCAUAUUAGAUCCCCAACUGGUUGAAGCAUUGGAAAAUGUCAUGACCACAAUUAACGAUUUCAUAGAAAAGGCCAACACUGAAAUUGUACCCACAGCGAAGACCCAACUCAUAGAAAUGGGUAAACUUCACAAACUUCAACGUAUCUAUCAUUGUGGCCAAUGUAAAGCUGAUCUGGGAACACGAGCUAGUAAAGUAGCUUUACAUUUGGCCGAAGAUUGUAAAUUGAAAGGUCGUACCAGUGAAACCUUGACCAAGGAUGCACGCGAGGAAUUAAAGAAAGAACGCAAGGAGAGGGCAGAGAAACGAAAGGAACAACGGCUUACGAAAGCAGUUGCGUUGAAGAAAAAAGCCCGCUUAUUCCUUGCCACAGACCCGAUUACUGCAUUCACCCAACUUAGUACUGCUGUACAAAUUGGCGAGAAACUGAAAUGUAUACCGGAUUAUGCGGCCAUUGAAAACGAUCUGUUGGAACAGAUAAAACCGCUGUUUCCCAAUCAACCCAUAAAAAUAUAUAAAUUCGGCUCACGAAUGUCAGGAAUUGGUACACGUGACUCAGAUCUGGAUUUAUUUAUAGACAUUGGAGAUACGUUUAAAGUUUAUCAAAAUCGUGCGAACGAUGCAACAUUGGCCAAGUUGAAAAAGGUUAAACAAGUUCUGAUUAAUCACAAAAAGUCAUGGAAGGGUCUGGUGGCCGUCGAAAAAGCUCGUGUUCCCAUACUGAAGGUAAUACAUGGCCCUACCAGUAUUGAAUGCGAUAUGAAUUUCUCCAAUAGUUUGGGCUACAUAAAUACAAAUCUUAUGGAAUACAUAUACGGACUCCAACCAACCGCUCGUGUGCUUUGCAUUUAUAUGAAAAGAUGGCUCCAACUUAUUGGCAUGAAAAAUGAUUUCAAUACUUACAGCAUAAAUUUAAUGGUGAUUUUCUAUUUACAAACCUUGGAACAUUUGCCACCAAUUGCCAAACUGUUUGAAGAUGUUAAUAUGGAAACAGCUCUUGUCAUAGGACCAUGGUUGGGAACAUUCACUUCAAAAAAUCUUCAAGCUUUGAAAAUCAAGUACCUUGACACCGGUAAACUAUUUGAUCUCAUUGAAGGUUUCUUCAAGUUUUAUCUGGAGUUUGAUUAUAACCGCAAUGUUAUUUGUCCAUAUCAAGGAUCGGUGAUUAGUAAGAAAGAUUUGCAUACAUGUAUGCCAGAAAGAUAUCUAAACUUUGUGGCCAAUAGCAAAGAUUUGGAAAUUGAACUAAAAAAACCGUUGGUUGUUCAGGAUCCCAUACAACUCAAUCAUAAUGUGACAAAAGGAAUUGUUGACUUUACAUUGAAAGUAUUCCUAGAGUUUAUGUCGAAAUCUAGACAAAUAGUUUUACAAUCUAAAAGCCAAUGAUUUAAUUUGAAAUCGGACAAGACUAGAAGUUAUUUUAAUUUUAUAUUACUAACAAAUAAGUUUGUUAUUUUUAGUGUUAUCUACAAUGAUCUUUUUAUUGUCUUGAAAAAUGAAUUGAAAAUACGUUUUUAUUUUUGUUACAAUAAAUAUAUACAUACACAUGUA